AUGUCCAGCCCCAGUCCUCGACCCAGCAGCAGCAAGACCCGCUCUCCCUCGCCGUCCCCCAACGCCAGCGCCGACGGCAAGGCGUCCCCUUCACCACAGAAGGACGAGUCCGAGGCGCCGGCGCAGGAGUCGUCCAAGACCGAGGGCGACGCUGCUCCUGAGAACGCGGCGCCUGCUACAGAUAGUUCCUCGCCCGCACCGGCGCCUGCAACACAACACGAAUGGCAGGCGAUCUACUCGCCCGCGCACAACGCGUACUACUUUUACAACGCCCGCACGAACGAGACGACCUGGCAGAACCCCCUGCAGCCCGCUUCCUCCCAGCCCUCCGCGUCCACGAGCGCGCACGCAUCCGCGUCCCCUGAGCCGCAGGCGCAAGCGCAAGCCGGCCCGUCCUCCGCGACGUCCCCCGGGCCGGGCAGCAACCCCGCCGUCGCGCACCUGUACGCCAUGCAGGCCGCCGCCGCCGCGCAGGGCAUCGACCCGUCCCUCGCCUUCCUCGACCCGUCGCUCGCGCAGCCCGGCGGCGCCGGCCCGCAGCCGUUCGAGUUCACCGCCAAGUUCAACGCGCGCACGGGCGCGUUCGCGCGGCCCGACGCGCGCGACCCCGGGCACCUGAGCGAGUACGAGCGCAUGAAGCGCAUGAGCGAGGUGUACUUCGACAUGGCGGAGUGGGAGCGGCAGGUCGCGCUGCAGAAGGAGGAGGAGGAGCGCGAGGGGAAGAAGAGGAAGCGGCCCACGAAGAAGGAUUUGGUGAGUGCGCGUGGGGUGUGGAUGUAUGCGCGGAGUACUGAUGUUAUUUGGUGUAUCCAGGAUCGGUGGAAGGAACAGAAGAAACAGAAGAAGAUAGCAAAGACGGCUUGGUUGCGUACAUGA